AUGAACAAAGCGAUGAUUCUUAACCCUACCCGACCCGUUUGGCCCGGUUUCUCUUCUUCCAAAUCUCUAUGCGGCGACGCAAACCGCAUGGAGCAACUUCUCCUUCACUGCGCAAAGGCCAUCGAAUCAAACGACGCCACGUUAGCUCAACAGAUCAUUUGGGUUCUCAACAACCUCGCUUCACCGGACGGUGACUCCACACAAAGACUAGCUUCCUCAUUCCUCCGCGCGUUGAUAUCACGCGCCGCCGCUAAAUCGCCGUUUUUUGCUUAUCUCUCCGCCGCUGCUGCUCCCGUCACGCUUCACCGGUUCUCGGUCAUCGAGCUCGCUGCGUUUGUAGACCUCACGCCGUGGCACCGUUUCGGAUUCAUGGCCGCGAACGCAGCGAUUCUAGACGCCGUCGAAGGUUACUCCUCCGUUCACAUCGUUGACUUAAGUUUGACUCAUUGCAUGCAAAUCCCUACUCUAAUUGACUCAAUGGCGACUAAACUCAACAAACAACAACCUCCUCCGCUUCUCAAACUCACCGUCGUUGUCUUCUCCGACACCGAAUCAUCUCCUCCGCCUCCAUUACUCGGAAUCUCCUACGAAGAACUCGGGUCGAAGCUAGUAAACUUCGCAACCACACGUAACAUAGCAAUGGAGUUUAGAAUCAUCUCUUCUUCUUACUCUGACGGUCUCUCUUCCCUUAUAGAACAGCUACGAGUCGACCCUUUCGUCUUCAACGAAGCUCUCGUCGUCAACUGUCACAUGAUGCUCCAUUACAUCCCCGACGAAACCCUAACUUCGAAUCCCUUACGAUCAGUUUUCUUGAAACAACUCAGAGAUCUUAACCCUACGAUCGUAACCCUAAUCGACGAAGACGCAUAUUUCACCUCCAAUAACUUUAUCUCAAGGUUGCAGUCUCUCUUCAACUACAUGUGGAUCCCUUACGACACAGCCGAUACGUUUUUGACACGUGGCAGCGAGCAAAGGCGGUGGUACGAGGCGGAUAUAGGUUGGAAAAUCGAUAACGUAGUGGCCAAGGAAGAUUCGGAGAGAGUCGAGAGGUUAGAGCCGAAGAGCAGGUGGUUCGAGAGGAUGAGAGAAGCUAAGUUCGCCGGAGUUGGGUUCGGAGAGACGGCGGCGACGGAGGUUAAAACGAUGCUGGAGGAACACGCGGCGGGAUGGGGAAUGAAGAGAGAGGUUGAUGACGAUGAUGACGUGGAAAGUUUUGUGCUGACGUGGAAGGGACAUAGUGUUGUGUUUGCUUCUGCUUGGGUACCAAUUGAUGAUCUUAUAUAG